AUGCCAUCAUUGUCGCCUGAGAUCACCAAGGCCAUUGAAGAGGCUGUGACGAAGAACUUUAAAGAUGAGAUUGCGUUUGUCCAGAAGAUGGUGCAAUAUGGAGGGCAACGAGGCGACGAGCAUGAAGCUCUAGAAGAGCUAUACCGUCAAUACACCUCUCGUGGAUACGACACUACCAAACUGGACAUGGAUCAACAAGUUCUGUCACAGCACUCAGGGGCCGGCAGGUUCAGCGAUACUCACUCCAAAGCCCCAGUGAUCAUCGGUGUGCAUAAGCCAAGAUCUUCGAUGCCAGGCGGAAGGAGUUUGAUUUUGAACGGACAUAUCGAUAUCGUGCCGAACGGACCCAAGGAGCUGUGGACGCAUGACCCUUACUCGGGGAUCAUCGAGGACGAUUGGCUAUACGGUCGCGGAAGUGGUGAUAUGCGUGCCGGUGCGGUUGCGAACUUGUAUGCCCUAGAUGCUUUACGUAGCAUUGGAAAGCAACCGGCGUCGAAAGUCAUCAUCGAGUCUGUACCGGAAGAGGAGUCUACCGGUAACGGUACGAUGGCUACACAUCUAGCUGGAUACACUGCAGAUGCAGUCCUGAUACCCGAGCCUACCAAUGAAGAACUCGUUCGUGCAAAUGUUGGCGUCAUCUGGUUCAAGAUCGCUGUUGCAGGUCGACCGGUCCAUGUCUUGAAGGCGAAAGAGGGGUCUAACGCCAUCGAAUCAAUAUGGAGGAUCGUAGCUGGACUGAAAGAGCUGGAGAAGGAAAUGAACGACCAGAAAAAAGGGAGACUGUACUUUGAACACAUGGUCUCGCCCAUCAAUCUCAAUGUCGCCAUGAUCCAGGGCGGAGACUGGGCCAGUUCAGUGCCGGCAUGGUGCACGAUUGAUUGCCGUGUAGCACUAUUCCCCGGUGUCACUGCACAAGAGGUAGCAGAUAAGAUUGAGCGAACAGUCACGGAAGUGUCGAAGACCGACUCGUUCUUACGUGAUUCGCCUGCGAAAGUCUCUUGGAACGGUUUCUUUGCGGAGGGCUAUGUAUUGGAACCUGGUAGUGAAGCUGAGGAGUUGCUGAAGACGGUACAUCAGAAAGUGACAGGGGCGGAGUUAACAAGCAUGACCAUGCCCGCCUAUCUCGACACUAGAAUUUUUGCCUUGGAGCAGAAGAUACCUGCAUUGUGCUACGGUCCGAUUGGGGAGAGCUUGCACGGGUUUGACGAAAGGGUCAGCAUCAGCAGUAUACAACGAGUCACUACGACGAUCGCGCUCUUCAUUGCAGAGUGGUGUGGCCUAGAAGAUGUUUCGAAUUGA